UCUGUGCGCCUGGGAGCCGGAGGAGCUGCAAUUCGGUUUGGAUUUGAUUCCGGCCGGCCGGUGCAGGUUUCCCGAUAUAGACCCUCCUCCUUCCCCUCUCCGAAGAGCAGACCAAUGAAGAGUUUCUCUCUGUGAGUUUUUCCCCAAUCUUCUCUUCUUCCCAGUGAUCUUUGGCCGGUUGAAUCCGAGUCUUUCUCGGCUAGACCUGGUUUUCGGAGAUUUGGAAGUGAGCGGUGUUGGUCCGGAGUUGCAUACGCCGGAAGUUCGCCCACACGUGCCGGCUGCAGUGUGGUUUGGGGAUUGUAUCUCCGUCUUCCUUAUUGUCGGCGCUACGGCGGGCAAUCGGAUUUCUGGGACUGCGACCGACGAGUCGUGCCUUGCCCCGAUUAUUCAAUCUCUUCAUCUCCUUUCACUGUGAGUUUUUAUCCUCUUUUCACAUUCUGUACAGCAUGCUGAAGUCUAAAUGCUCUGUGAUGAUAUAAUUGAUCUUAUAUUGGGUUAUUGCUUAAGAACAAUAGCAUUAGGAUCUUUGGUAUUGUGGAUGUGUGAGCUGUGAACUAGUGGUUGGUCUGUGCGGCAGUUUACUUGUCUCAGGUGUUGAUCUGAGUGAUAUAUUCAUCACUGUUGGUGGUCUUCUGGCCACAGAUUCCAGUGAUGGCUUGUUUCUUUCAUAUCUGGAUAUGCUCUGUACUGGUAAAAUUCAGUAGAUUUCAUCGUCUGUUUGCUGGUAUUACUUUUGUAAUGACCAAAUGUUUUCGCAUGGAAUACCUCUGGUUUAGCACAGCUCACAAUCCAGUGCUCAUGCUUGGUAUAUUGUCCAAGAUCCUUUUGUUAGUUGAGAUCUUAUGGAUAGCCCAAUAUUUGAUUAGAUCAUUAGAACAAUUUGGGAGCAAGUCUUCAAAGGCUUGGGGCCAAUUGUUGAGCUUAAAUAUGAGAGCAACAACUUUGUUCACUUGCUGUCCUAAUGUUGAGGUACUGUCUCUUUUAAUUCAUGUUGUUAUUCGGCUAUUGAUGUUACACAUGGAGGGUUGCUUUGGUUAUGCUCUUACUCAGCUGUUACCCUUCCUUAUCAUGUGUAUAGCUAGCUUGAAUUUUCAUUCUUGUAAUUAUACUUGUGGAAUAUUAUAUAUGCUCUAUAUAUCACAAAUUAUUCAACAAUCCAGAAAUCCGAUUUUUGCUUCUGAGAUGGCUAGCUCUAGCUCAUCUGCCCUCCCUCCGUCGUCCUCGGACGCGAUUAAGCCUGAGUGCUUUGAUGGGACCGGCUUUAAGCGCUGGCAGGCCCGGACGAGGCUGUGGUUGAUGGAGCUCGGUUUAUACUGGGUCCUCACCGAAGAGCCGCCCGCCCCCCAAGGGGAAGCCGUGCUAGACGAGGUCGAAAGAACGCGUCUUGACGCGUUAAGGGCCCGUUGGGAGAAGGCAAAUGCUUCUGCCCUGGCACGUCUCUUGGCUGUUCUGUCGAACAGGCUCUUCGACGUCUACGUGAGCUUCGGGGAAGCUCGGAAGGUGUGGACGGAGCUGAAUGACAAGUAUGCUGAAAGCGACAACGGCAACGAAUCCUUCAUGGUGGCAAGCUACCUGAAUUUUCGCAUGGGAGAUGGCAGAUCAGUCAUGGAACAAAUCCAUGAGCUACAACUGAUCGUGCGGGACUUAGGCCAGUAUGGAUGUGUCCUCCCUGAGAACUUUCAGAUUAAUGCCAUUCUGGCUAAGCUGCCUACUUCUUGGCGUGACUUUGUCACUGCACGUCGGCAUCUAAAGCAGCGGUUGACUCUAAAUGAGCUCAUUGCUGCAAUAAAUGUCGAGGAGAAGUCCAAGGCAGGCUAUGGUGGAGGGAAGGUGCCUGCUCAAGCAAACCUUGUCGAGCACAAGAACCAUCCUGGUAAGAAUGCGAAGAAAGAGAAGACCAAGCCUGGGUUUUCGGGACCGAAGGCUAAUGCAAUGAAGAAGAAGAAAAAACCCGAGAUUGUCUGCUACGUCUGCGGCGAGUCGGAUCACAAAGCCAACAGAUGUCGCAAUCGUAAGGGCAAGGGGCCAACACCUGAGCAGCAGAAGGUAGCCAAAGCCCAAGUGCAUGUGGCGGUUGCAUCGGCCAAUGAUACUGGCAAAGGCAACUCCACCAGUGGGGCGCAGAUGGUGGAUCCGUACUGAUGGGGAAUGGAGUCUCGGCAGCAGUGCGCGGAAUAGGACAAGUGAGCCUGAAAUUGACUUCUGGCAAGACUCUUGUCCUGAAGGACGUGCUUUUUGUACCUGCCAUGACCCGCAAUUUACUCAGUGGAUCGAUGCUGUGCCGGCAAGGAAUAAAAUUAGUCUUCGAGUCGAAUAAAGUAGUGAUGACCAAGUGUGGGUCGUUUGUAGGGAAAGGCUAUGAUUGCGGAGGCAUGUUCCGCAUUUCUAUUCUUGAUAGCUCUGCAAACAUCUUCUAUUCUUCGUAUUCUAAUAAGAACAUUGAUAUUUGGCAUUCUCGCUUGUGUCAUGUUAAUAGUGAAGCAAUUGUGCGUUUGAGCAAAAUGGAUCUUAUUCCCUCAUAUAACUAUGAUAAGAGCCACAAGUGCGAGGUGUGCGUGCAAGCAAAGCAGCCCCGCAAACCUUUUAACUCAGUCGAGGGGAGAAGCACCUCUCCGCUUGAGUUGAUUCAUUCUGAUCUGUGUGAGAUGAAUGGAAUAUUAACAAAAGGUGGUAAGAGGUACUUCUUUACUCUCAUAGAUGAUGCUACUAGGUUCUGCUACAUCUACUUGCUCAGAACAAAGGAUGAAGCAUUAGAAUACUUCAAAAUCUAUAAGGCCGAGGUGGAAAACCAGCUGGG